AUGUCUACCGCCGCCCGUCGCCGCUUGAUGCGUGACUUCAAGCGUAUGCAAACCGAUCCUCCUGCCGGCGUGUCUGCAUCUCCCGUCCCGGAUAACGUCAUGACCUGGAACGCUGUCAUCAUCGGACCCGCCGACACCCCUUUCGAAGAUGGAACAUUCAGACUUGUAAUGCAGUUCGAAGAGCAGUACCCCAACAAGCCACCCGCGGUCAAGUUUAUCAGUCAAAUGUUCCACCCCAACGUCUAUGCCACAGGAGAACUUUGCUUGGAUAUUUUGCAAAAUAGAUGGAGUCCCACAUAUGACGUCGCCGCAGUUCUGACGAGCAUCCAGAGCUUGCUUAACGACCCGAACACCGGCUCUCCAGCGAACGUGGAGGCUUCGAACCUGUACAAGGACAACCGGAAGGAGUACACCAAGCGUGUCAGGGAGACAGUUGAGAAGAGCUGGGAAGACUAG